AUGGCUCCAACCGUCGAAUUGGACGUUCCGAAAGUCGCUCGGUAUGUUACAGUAUCCUUUUUUCACACUUCCAAUUUUAGUGAUACCAUUCUCAAAUGGAACGGCUGGGGAUACGCGGAUUCUUACUUCGCUUUGUCCAAAAACAAGGAUGCGUAUAUGACGGGGGAUCGCUACGAGAUUUCCGGCCAAAUCAUCCCCAAUCUAAGGCCAUGGUUCGAAAAUAACAUGAAGGUGGACCUGAACAAACCCACACCAUCCGUCCCGUACAACCAGCUGAAGGUGCCGGAGGCGAUUUUCAAUCGAGAAUUUGUCGAGUUCCUGCAAACGAAUGGGAUCUCGUUUUCGAACAAAAGCAUCUACAGAGUGAACAGAAGUCAUGGGCAUACCGUGCAUGACAUGUUCGCAGUGAGAUAUAAUCAUUUGGAGAGAAUCCCGGACAUUGUGGUGUGGCCCAAAAGUGAGAUGCAAGUUCAGCAGGUAAGGGGUUGGAAGGGGAUUUUUGAGGCUACGAAUUUUUUUCGGCUCAACGAUACUAUGGAUCAUCUUGAUUCGUUUCUAUGCUACAGUAGCUCAGGAUCAAGAAAACAAACGUUAGUAAAUGCAGUUUGGGUACUGCAUUUUGAUGAGGGGAAGAGUUGACCCAUUUCGGGUCAAGUCUUUCUCUCGGUAAAAUCGUGGCCAGUAUAGAGAAAAAUUGCUAUAGGAAGUCUUUUCACAAUGAAAUUUAUUCUUUUUUACAUUUCCCAUCGAGAGGAAAACUUGACUCAAAAUGUGUCAAGUCUUCCUCGUAAUAGCUAAAGUUACAAAAAGUGGACAUAUUGCAAGUCUUCGCCAAGCUUUCGUCUAGCGUCCACCGAGCAUCCAACGGCUUUUCCAUGCCUUAUAGGCACCUCCACGACCUUUUUUGGUUCAACUACCCUUGGCCCAAUAUCGACCAAUUUUGUUGUGACCCGAAUAGUCGUCGAACGAAAAGUCGCUAUGUCGAUUUUUGGGGGCUUUUGAUGCCAUAGAUGAAAAGAGUGACCAAAAUUUCAGCGGACAAAUUUUGAUGACAUUAGGGGCAAAUUGAAAAAAAAAAAAGAAUUCUGCGACGUUUGCCAUAGCAUUUUCAUAAAGUCCGUAAACUUUUUAUGGCGAUACACGGUACAAAAUGAGGUUUUUACACCAAAUAUUCAGCCGCGACUUGUCGUCGCAAAGCGAUAGUGAGCGGUUCAAAGGCGCGACGAAUCCACAUUAUUUUCCCGACAGACUCAUAUGCAUUCCUUAGAGCUCUAUUCUAUUGUCUAAUCCCUUCAGGUGGUUAACGCCGCCAACGACUUCAACGUGGUUAUUAUCCCAAUCGGCGGUGGCACGUCCGUGACGAACGCUGUGAACUGCCCGGAAAACGAGACUCGUUGCAUUUGCUCGUUGGACAUGCAAACCAUGACCGAAGUUAUCUACAUCGACGACGCCAAUCUGAUCGCGCGCGUUCAGCCCGGCCUCACGGGCACUCAGCUCGAAAAGAUAUUGAAUUCGAAGGGCUUCACCUCAGGACAUGAGCCGGAUUCCCUCGAAUUCAGCACCGUCGGCGGCUGGGUCUCCACGCGCGCCUCGGGCAUGAAGAAAAACAAGUACGGAAAUAUAGAGGACCUCAUUGUGCAUGUGAAUUUGGUCACAACGAAAGGCCUGAUUCGAAAGCAAUGCCAAGUCCCGCGAAUUUCGGCCGGACCCGAUCUUCAUCAACUCAUUUUGGGAUCAGAGGGGAUCUUCGGAGUGGUCACGGAGGUCAGCAUGAAGAUUUUCCCGUUGCCCGAGGUCAGACAGUAUGGAUCAAUUGUGUUCCCGAGGUUUUCGAAUGGAGUGAAGUUCUUCAGAGAGGUCGCGAAACAGGUGAGAAACUUUUUUUGGUUUCUGUAACCUCAGGGCACCUUAUUGUUAAUGGUCCGUUUGGCAAGCCGCUGGAGCGAUUUUUGCGACAUGCACUGUGAGAAAACAAAAAGUCACUUUGUCCUGUGCAAUUUGUUGCUUUUUGCAAUGGGUUUUUUCGAGUGUCGCGAACACUCUGGCUCGAGUUGCUCUAAUUUGCCUAGAAAUCUUGUUGGAAGUAAAAAUUUACUUUUUCUUCUUUCCAGAGAUGCCAGCCCUCCUCACUACGACUUGUUGACAAUGAGCAGUUCAUCAUGGGACAGUCGAUGAAAACACAGACGACUGGAUGGUUUGCUUCGCUCUCUUCAGCGCUAACCAAGGCCUACAUUACGAAAUGGAAAGGUUUCCAGGUCAGUGAGGGUUUUACAAUACGAAUAGCGACAAUAAGCUCACGUGCUAAGCGCCUGGAAAUCGUCAAAGCGUAUGUAUUGUAUGUGCCCAGCAGAUAAAACCGCCAAGCAUUCCAAAAUUUCUCUUUAUCAGCCACUGAGAAUUCAGAGCCGAAACAUGAGCUAACCUCAAACUUGGGUUAAUAAACCAGAGAAGCCUCCCUUCGUUAGGGUGAUCCCUAUUUCCCUCCUUUCAUUUCAAAUGGGGAACCGCGCUUCUUGGGAGGCAAUUGGCUUCUCUAGCGCUCUCUGUUUUUUCGCAUUGAGCGCAGUCUCUUGACGCGCUCUCUUCUCCGACUCUCCCGCCGACCGCGAUAUCUCGUUUCUGCGUAACAGCUAGGGUCUGCUGAAAAUAUUGAAAUACGUACUACAGGAAAAGGUCAGUAUAGGACCUACCGGCACUAAAUCUCGCAUCGUAUUUUUACAUAUAACGUGGCUAGUUUGUUUUAUGGUUUUACAAUUGUUAAAUGUGCUCAGCAAUGUAAUCGCCAAACGUUCCAAAAUUUCUCUUUAUCAGCCACCGAGAAUUCAGAGCCGAAACGGGAGCUAACGUCAAACUUGGGUUAAUAAACCGAAUAUUUCAUCGUAUAUCGCGUUCUUCCCACCUUUCUACCAUAACGUUUAAAAUGGGGAGUGAUCUUUCUGAGGAGGUAGAUGUCUUUCCUCAAAUCCUUCGUAUUUUCACGGUAUUACGCAUGUUUCUAUCUCUCUAAUGUCCCUUCAAAACGUAAGGGGUAACACGCCGCGUUUGCGUGAGAUAUCGUUGUGUCUUUAGAGGCGGAAGAGAAAAAGAACUCCUUGAAAAGUCUGAUAAAAGCAAGAGAGCGUUGGGGAAGCCAACUGCCUCCCGAAAACCGUUGUUCCCCAUUUGAAAAGUAAUGAUGGGAAUAAAGAUUGCCCGAAAGAAGGGAGACGUCUUCGGUUUAUUAACCCAAGUUUGAGGUUAGCUCAUGUUUCGGCUCUGAACUCUCAGUGGCUGAUAAAGAGAAAUUUUGGAACGCUUAGCGGUUACAUCGCAGAGCACAUAUGAAACUUUGGACAAAGGUUAUGUACGCGUACAUAACGCGUACGAUAUGUACGAUAAUUUGCGAGUUUGGACAAAAAAUAGGAAAAUCGACUUACACUAACCAUGGUGCAACAAACAUCACAACAUUCUAGAAUUUGGUGGGUCAUCCGACCACAAAAUGGGAAAUCUAAACAUCAGAUCGAACGGGGCAGCCUGCUUUUGGUAAAAAUACCUUUUUUGGACAAAUUCCAUGUUGUCUUCACCCAGAAAAUAUGUCUUGAACAUUGGCGAAAAACAAAAAAACUCUGCACCGAAGGCUUAAGUCAACACCGAAUUCCGGAAUUUGGUGCACGCUUUAAAAACAUGCACCGGAUUUCGGAAUUGGGUACAGACCAAAAAAUCGGGGUCUUAAGUCGACGCCAACUUUUCGAUUUGGGCGUCAACUUUUUUGUGCACCGAAAAUCGCGGUUUGGGAAAACAAAAUUCGUAAUUCUUAUAUGACCACCUUUAUGUCUACUGCUGAGAGCUUCGAAGUGAGACAAUGUAUGUUAGCGAGAGAGGUGAAGAUCAAGCGCGUGGUUAGCAGUCUCUCCGCUAUCAUUGCGAAAAGGCAGAGAGCGCUAGAGAAGCGAAUUAUCUCCCAAAAAGCGUUCUUCACCAUUUGAAAAGAAAGGAGAGAAAUAAGGAAGGAAAUAGCGAAGGUAAACUUCUUCGGUUUAUUAACCCAAGUUUGAGGUUAGCUCAUGUUUCGGCUCUGAAUUCGCAGUGGCUGAUAAAGAGAAAUUUUGGAACGCUCGGCGAUUACAUCUGCUGAGCACAUGAAGAACGAUAAAACAAACUGGCGAAGUUAAAUUUAAAAUACGAAGCACGCAAAGAUGGGUAUUAAACAAUUUACCGAACUUCCAAUCCAUUCUUUCCCCAUUACAGGUCGAUGAAAUGGUCGUUGCCACUUGUCUUUUCGAAGGGACCGCUGACGAAGUUGCCCAUCAGUCGAAGCGACUCUACGAGAUCGCUUCGGAGUUCGAGGGAGUUGUCGGCGGCGAGGAGAAUGGCCGUUACGGAUAUCGGCUAACUUUCGCCAUUGCCUACCUUCGGGAUUUGGGGAUGGAAUAUGGAGUGAUUGGGGAGUCGUUUGAGACCUCUGUUCCCUGGGACAAGGUUGAAGCGUUAUGCCGGAAUGUUAAGGAGCUGUUGAAAAGACAGGCAGCAGAACUGGGAGUGAAAUACCCGAUUUUGAGCAGCUGCAGGUGAGUUGGGGAGAAAUUUGAUUUUUUGGCGGAAAAAUUGAUUUUUUGGGGGGAGGGGGGAGGAUUAAUUUUUUAGAGAAAAAAUUGAUUUUUUGGGAGAAAAUUAGAUAUUUUGGGGGAAAACUUGACUUUUUUGGAGAGAAAAUUUAUUUUUUUACAGUUGAAAUUCACUUUUUGGGGUAAAAAAUAAUUUUUUAAGGAAACAUUGAUUUUUUUAGGAAAACUUUGAUUUUUAGAGGCUAAUUUACAGUGCCUAUGAUUUUCAGGGUGACUCAAGUUUAUGACGCCGGCGCUUGUGUCUAUUUUUACUUUGGCUUCAACUGCACUGGACUGGACGAUCCGUUGGCCGUUUAUGAUGCUAUUGAGGUAUGUUUUUUUAUCAAGUCAUCAUAAAUAUUUACAUAGUGAGGCUUCAAAUUCAAAGUAAUAUUUCAGGUCGCGGCUCGAGACGAAGUUAUUGCCUGCGGCGGAAGCAUCUCGCAUCAUCACGGAAUUGGAAAGCUGAGAAAACGAUGGCUCUCUUCGUCGAUCAGUCCCACCGGAAUCAGCGUGCUGAAGGCGUUGAAGCAGGAGCUGGAUCCGAAGAACAUUUUCGCUGCCAACAACCUAUUUGAUGCCGAACCGAAAUCGAAACUUUAA